CCUCCCUCCGCAGACCUGUUGGAAAUGCCGCCUGGAGACCUCCACUAUUCCCAAUAGAAGCCCCCGCGCUUUUGCGUAUCGUGCAGAGCGAAUCCGAGCGUGAAUAGCGCAGUAUUGUCAGCCUAGAUUCCAAUGGCUUCGGAAGGCACCGAAAGCCCCUCGGCGCUGGCGCGUGAGAGAGGCAACAAACUGUACAAGGAAGGGAAUCUGGCAGAAGCCGAAAAGGCCUACAAAGAAGCUGCAAAACUUGCACCUGAUGACCCGUCGCCCCUGUCUAAUAUCUCGGCCGUCCUCUUCGAAAAGGGUGAUUAUGCGGCGUCUCUGGUCUUCGUCAAGAAAGCCAUCGCCCUUUCGGCCGCGGAACCCCAAGAUAGCCCCAAGAAGCGGCGGCUCUUGAGCCGUGCCGUCAAGUGCCACAUCCACGGCCUCGACCUGCAAGGAGUAGCCAGUGCACUGGAGGCUCUCGAAGCUUCUGGAUCCGACGAGGCUGCUGCACUCCGGGAUGAUAUUGCCCAAAUGCAGGCUCUAUGGGCUUCGGUCCCAGAUGUCCAAGUUCAGAGAAGGCUGGUUCUGGACCGCUUGCCGCGAUAUACCCCAAACCUUACGGGCGAGCCAGAAUACUACGCCGACGGACACGACACCCCAGAGCCCCUCAUUGAUAUUGGCCCUGGUGGAAACGUAGCCCAGGAGACCGACGUGCGCCUCAUGUUUUGUGGCUCGGGAGAUGCUCGCAAUGUCUUUACAACCAUGAUAUCGUACUGGCUCCUCGGCCAGCUCAACAACUCGAAGCCCAAGAUCCACAUUACCAUGCUGGACCUUAAGCCUGCGGCGCUGGCACGCACACUCAUAAUACUUGAUAUGGCGCAGCAAUUUGCCAUAAUGAAGGUCGCCAAGACGCCAGGACACGAGCACGCCCUAGUCAACAUGUCCUACCUUUUCUCUUCUCCUUUCCUUCCGCCCUUCGUCGUGGCGAAGCUGAAAGGACAGCUCCAGUCCUUGAUCAAGGCCCUGGAGGAGGGAGAAGCACUUCUCAAGUUUCUCUACAUCUCUCCCGACACACGCAGCCGGGUGCUGCAGGUCCUGCGGCAGUGGAACGCGCCUUUGCCUCUACAGUUCCGGAGCAAGUGGACACGGGCCGGCGCCCGGAGAGACGGGAAGGACGCCCAGCCCCAGACAGGGCAGAUCGGCGGUCUUGACGCCGACGGCAAGACUUUUGAUGAUCUCAUGGCCAUCUUCGCCUCGGAGGAUUACAUAUCGCGGCGCGAGCCGGCGCUGUCCCCGCUCCUUGCGGCCUACAGGAAAGGCGAGCCGGGAGCCAGGGACAAGCUGGAGGAGUAUCUCGCGGCGACCUGGACUCCCAACCCCACGUUCAUUGAUGUUGCCUGGGAGGAGGCGCUCGAGGCUACCUUUGUUUCCGCGCCGGGGUUCCCGCGUAACGGAACCAGGGAGGAGAAGGGGGACUGGAUCGCAAGGUUCAAACCGUCCUGUUGGUCCGACCCCAACCCGGUCGGCAUCGCGUCUGCCCUUGGCAGCGGCGUUCCGACGAAGAGCCCCGAUGAGUGGGACGGAGCGAUAGACGCCCUAAUCACAUUCUUCAGCUCGCUGUCGCUAUCCCUCAUCCAUCUCGGUGGGCGGAUCACCAUCGAGAUGAUCGCAGGCGAGAUGGGUGACGUGAUGGAGCGCAUGCGGCAUGGGGUUCUGGAACACCGGGGCUUGCCGCCAGCCACGAACGAGGAGCCCGACCCGAGGAAGUUUCAGACCUCGUACGACAGGAUACACAUGAGCAACGUCCCGGACUACGUGGGUGGGCUAUUCACGGUCGCGCUACACGGCCGGCCGCUUCUGCGCGAGGAUAAGGCGUCAAACAUGCGGUACAACGUCCUGCUCAACCCGCCCAUAUUCCAGACGCACGAGAUGUUCCAGGCCGAGUACCUCCUCAUGCCGGACGCGCAGCAGAUCAAAGCCAACUUCGCCAUGGACCGCCGGCCGCCACGCGACGAGACCGGCCGCCUCGAAAUGAUUAUGGCACAGGGCUGCCCCCCGUUCCUGGCCGACGACUACAUUGUGUGGGAGCCCGUGGCCAAAAGGUCGGCCCGCUGGCCGCCGCCGCUCGAGCGGGGCGCCCUGGAGCACUUCAUGCACGCGCACCUGCUCAAGGUCGCGCUCCCGCACCCACGGCCCGCCGAGAGCCCCAUGCCCGUGUGUGCCCCGCUCAACCUGACGGCGCUGCUGCGGCUGGCCGCGCACAUGGGGUCCCGCGACGGGGCCGGGUGCCCGGCGCACUGGCUCUCGGGCGUCCUCGCGGCCUGGUGCUCGGGGACCGUGAGCACGACGGCGCGCGCGCCGCGGCAGCUGGUAUGCGAGCCCGAGAGCGCGCGCGCCGCGCACCCGCGAGCCGACCUGUGCGUCGCGCCCUGGCGGGCCGAGCUGACGACCCUCGUGGGCCUCUGGCGGCCGCUAUUCCCGUUUGGCAUCAUCGCCGCCGCUGCCGCCGGCGGAGGGAAGCAGGGAAUGGCCCCCGAGGACCGCCGCCGCAAUAGCAGCGCGCCCACGCCACUAGAGCUGAUCCGGCGCUACAGCAUCAAGCUGGGUGGGCUCCCCACGCCGUACGAGCAGCGCGGGGACCAGCUGACGCUCGUGUUCUGGGACGCCGCGGGCAACGGCACGAUCGCGCCGCCUCGGCGCGGCCUGCGACGGCUGCUACUGGGCGACGACGACAACGACAACUACGACGACGACGCGAAGCGGGGCGGGGACGCGUCGGCGGCGCGCAGGACCCGCGAGGGCGGCGUGCACGUCGUCACGACGCUGAGCCUCGACUGCAAGACGGCCACGGCCCGGUUCUGGCUGCGCGGCGACGUGAUGGAGGAGAUGCGGGCGGGGACCGACUGGCGCGCGUUCCUGUGGCGCGCCUCGACGUGGGAGAAGGCGUCGGACGGCGCAAGGGUCGCGGAAAUUGCCGACGAGGGAGGCUGGCUCGACGCCAGGGGCGAGUGAGGAGGAAUUGUGUUACGUGAUGUGAAUGGCACGCUAGCAGCUUUUAGCAGCUUUGGCAUCAUUACGCACAUCCGGCAGCUUUGAUCGGGUCGUAUUUGGGGAGGAGGGGGUUUGCCCAUCAAACCUUGAGGCUAUGCACGCGUUUCACGAAACCCAUUGCCGACACAAACAUCCGUCAUGAUAGAGUUCCUGUUGCAAGACACAGCCCCAGCCAAGACCCCAGAGAUCCAGUCUUUCCCCAUUUUGGGUAUUUGGAGCCCCUCAAUAUCAAGAGCAAUGGGGCACAGUGCGAUGGGUCCGUCAUCUCGCAAUUCCCUGGCCCCCGCUGUCGUCGUAAAGUAAAGACGACUGUGGGGGAGGGGCCGCACCCCGCACCCGUCAGUCUGUUACUCGAUCAAGGACGAUUCUUUGGGCGAGCUGAACCUUAUUUGGGCACAGAAUCUUAUUUACGAAAUCGUUUGAACGAUGGCACGCAAGAUCAGACAACCCAAUCUUGCUACACCUCGCCGUAUCACUGGGAGCUAUAUGCAGAGCGCAUGUCGAGGAUUACAAAGCAAAACAAGCAGAGUGUCUGCACUGAGGUGGGCCUGUCAAUUUAUAGCAGAUAUCAACAGUCGCUGCUACAUGUCUAAAACAGAGGCUUGUGCAAACUCGGGCCGGCCUCCGACUAGCGAACAACCUAGGCAGAAGCAAAGCCCGUCUGUGUUGUGGCCAUUCAUCGGGCACCUAUUCAACCUUGUAAACGAAAGCUCUAGUCAUCCAGGCGAUACCAGAACCACGGUUGGCUGCCAGCCAG